GCGGACAGUGUGAGGGGAGGCUCCGGCAGUGCGAGGGGAGGGCGUGGGCAGUGUGAGGGAAGGGGCGGGCGCCGUCGCGCCGUGCGAGCGUCACGAGCAGGGGCGGAGGCGGCGUGGCCGCGCUGCGGGAAGGGCGAGCGGGGAGAAGCAGCCGGCGCCCCGCGCCCUCGGGCAGGUGGGUGGCGGGCAGGAGCCCGAGCCAGGCCGGCCGGGCUGAGGCGGAGCACGCCGCCGGGUACAGGAGAGCCCGGGAGGCCAUCCGUCCAUUGAUUCAGCGUUCCCAUCCCUCGGCUGCUCCUGGCUGAGCCGGAGCUUUUCGCCACUGCACUUACAGCCUGGCACCUUGAUGGAAACAGAUGUUGAUGGUGGUCCGAGAUAUUUGUGGGGGUUAAAAGAUUUGAACUCCAGCUAAUAAAACAAGGGUUGAAAAUUGAAGGAUGGCAGCAAAUCCUUCAGGACAAGGUUUCCAGAAUAAAAAUAGGGUUGCAAUCCUGGCAGAACUAGACAAGGAGAAGAGAAAAUUACUUAUGCAAAACCAGUCUUCCACAAAUCACCCUGGAGCCAGCAUUGCACUUGCAAGAUCACCUCUGAAUAAGGAUUUCCGUGAUCAUGCUGAGCAACAGCACAUUGCAGCACAGCAGAAGGCUGCACUGCAGCACGCACAUGCACACUCCUCAGGAUACUUCAUAACUCAAGACUCUGCAUUUGGAAAUCUUAUUCUUCCUGUCUUACCUCGACUUGAGGCAGAGUGAGGAAUGUUGUUUGUCUCAGAAAUUCAAGAUCUGAUUUUUGUCCAUAGCAGGAGCUAUCUGACCUUUUAAUUUCUUUGUGUAUCUUAAAACCUACAUUUUUGGGGGGUUUUGGGAAUACCAUUCAGGAGUGUGAGCUCUAGUUAUGGAGAAGUAGUGUUGGAAAUUUUUUAUCCUAUAUUUCUGUUCCUGUGUCGGGUCAAAGUCAAAUGCAAGACUUUUCUUGAAGUGCACGGGGUUUGCUCUUCCCUGUUUCAGUGCUUCCUUUAAAUAAAUGUCCAAACCAGAGUCACCAAGAGAUGCACAAUCUGUCAGCAUUUGUGUUUCUUUUUUUUAUGUACAGGUAUGAUUUUUGUAAUGAAUAAUGAAAAUUAUUUCUAUCUAUCAAAACAGACACGAAUUUCUCAAACACAUCAGCCAGUCUUCCUCCCCCACCCUCUCCUGUGCAGGAACAUUUCUAGUGUACUGUUUGUAGCAUCAACUUGUCUCAAGUCCUGACUUACAGUAUGCCUGCCUCUCACCUUGUUUUGUGAAAUACAAAAAUGAUUAAAGUGGGAAAAAAGCAAA